GUUAUCUAUGUUACUGUAAAGUCUUUUUCCAGAUUUCGGUCUCAAUGUGGGCGCGAAUCGCGAGCUUUUCUUGCCCUUGUGAUGAUAAAUCUUUCCGGCUGGUGUGCCCUAUCCGCAAUUGCCUUGCACCCCAGUGUCGCGAGUGAACGGUGAUCGAAAGGCAGACGUGCAAACAGUGAGUGAUAUUGUGGUCAUCAUUCGUGAUGGACUCCACUCCCAAUUUCGACACUCCCGAGGAGGAGAUUAAUUAUUGGAAAAAGGCUGCGAUUGAUUACAUCAAGCAACGAGAUGAAGCUAGGGAAGAACUUCAUGAGUUUACCUCCAGCUCCAAAGAGCUCGAACUCGAGCUGGAGACAGAGCUUCAACAGUCUGAGAAGAAACUAGCUGAAUAUAGGUCCAAUUGCAAUCGGCUCCAACUGGAGCUUGAUACGGAAAGAAAGAAAACGUUGGACUUCUAUACGUCAGCCUCGACUUAA